AUGUUUUCGGCUUUCAAAACUAGUCACUCACCUGAGGCGACAUCCCUGAUCAAGAAGCAUGGUGUUAACGAUGCACUUUUUGUUAAGAAUCUCGGGUAUUUCACCAACAUCGACCUGAACAUGGUUGGUGACCAUAGCUUCACCGCCAUGAGCGUAGGCUUCUGUACGGAGCAUGGAGAUAUCCUGGACGUAGAGUAUGAGAUGCGCACCGAAGAAGGGAUGAAACGUCUCUUGACUGGAAAAGUGAAGUCUCAACAAGACUACACAUCUGGAGAACAAAGGGUCGCUGCUCGAGUGAGUGUCCUUGAUCCUCUCACUAUCGAGGAUCAAGAUAUGGAUAAACUGAAAGAUCCAAAACAGAUCAGCACGCUGGCUGGGGUAGACAUGGCUAUCUCUCGUAUUAACACGUAUAGAGAAAGACUUGACAGUGAGAGAACUCGGCUUGAGAAUGAUGCCAAGGCGCUGUGUCUUCAGAAGGAAUUCGCUGAAAAGAGACUCAAGGCAUUGAAUGAGAAGCGCGUUUAUCUGAGGAGCGAAAAGCAGUAG